AUGGAUAACAGUAUAGAAGAAAAAAAAAAAGAUAUUAGUCCUAGCGAGGAUCGUUUGGAAAAGAUUAAAAAAAUCUUUGGUAUUGAGCGUGAACAGGAAGAAAAAAAUGCUUGGCAAAAUGUUUCUGAGGAAUCGAUAUGUCGAUUACUGGAUGAAUUAUUACUGGAUCCAACUCAAAAUUUGCAUGAUUUCAGAUGUAUUUUAUUAAGAUCAACUGACAAUGUUACAAUAACUAGUGCAAUGCGCAUUUUUGGAAAGUACAAUCCUUUAGAGAUUAGACUAGUUAACAGUUUUUCUGCUAUAAUACAUUUAGAAAGUCCAAUUAUAUGUGCUGCCGCCUUACUUGAUGUUUCUAAGGCACUUCGAAGAAUAAAAUAUAAAGUAGUUGAUGAUGAUGUGGAGGAGGAUGAUGAAGAAGGAAUGAUUAUCAAUAAUAAAGGAGAUCCAGUUGUUAUAGUAACAUGUAAAAAAAGUGAUUCCAGAUUAAUUAGAAGACAUAAUAAAGAGGAUGAUUAUGUUGAAGUAGAUGUCGACAGAGUCGGUAUACCAGAAGGUGCUUGGAGAGUUGCUAAACAUACAACAAAUAAAGUUCUCGUUUUAUGCACAUUUGCAAGUGAUCUCGAUUUUAAAGAAGCUAGAGAAAAUAAAUUAGAAAUAUGGAAAAGUUCCAGAAAAAGAUUGAGCUCAGGAGGUAAUGAUAUAUUUUCAAGAAUAACUAAAAUUGGAACUGAAGGUGAUACUAAAGUUUCAUUUUCACGUGAAAAAAAUGAUGAAAUGAAUAAUGAUGUGUGGAGAAGAGAUAAAACCCUCAUUAGAGAAGGUUUAAAUAUUUUUAAUAAACAGGGUGAAGAACUUGAUUUUGAUUUUGAACAUUGUGUCAGAACAUUCGUUAAUCCUGAAGCUGACAAUACAUGUAAACGAAAAAUGGAUGAAGACAAAGAUGGAAAAGAUGAUCAACCAGCAAAAAAAAAAGUAAGAGGUCGAGGUACCAGUAAAUUUAUGUCUGGAAUUGAUCGCUAA